CGCGCAGAUUGUUCUAGCAAAAAGCGGCAGCGCGAUCCUGUCCCGGAGGCCGGCGGCACCGAUCUCUGGGGAUGGAGGGCCAGCGGCAGCAUCAUCCGCUGGGCCUAGGCCUGGGUCUAGGCCCCGGCCCCGGCCCCGGCCCGACCCCGACCCCGACCCUGACCCCUCAUGUUUACUGGGCACAGAGACACCAGGAGCUGUAUCUGAGGGUGGACCUGAGCGGAGUCCAGAAACCUGAUCUCAAUGUCACUGAAAAUACUCUUUCAUUCAAAGCACAUGGCCACGGUGCAAAAGGAGCCAAUGCGUAUGAGUUCCAUCUUACAUUCUUGGCACCAGUGAAUCCUGAGCUACAGUUCAAGGUUACAGAAAGACAGGUCAACAUAACAGUGAAGAAAAUGGAGAAUAGAUGGUGGCACAGGCUGACCAAACAAGAGAAGAAACCAAUAUUCUUGGCUCCUGAUUUUGACCGCUGGAUGGAUGAAUCUGAUGCUGAAAUGGAACUUCAAGCAAAGGAAGAAGAGAGAGUAAUUAAUAAAAGGAGUUUGGAGUCAAGAGUUUGGAAGAACUCUUAUGUCACCAUGCAGAAAGGUUACUUAUUUAUGUACAACCUGGUGCAGUUUUUGGGUUUUUCAUGGAUCUUUGUUAAUAUGACGGUUCGACUCUUUGUAUUCGGUCGAGACUCCUUGUUUGAUACUUUCCAUGCAGUUGGUGAUGUGAUGAAUGUUUGCCAGCUAUUUGCUAUAUUGGAGGUUAUAAACCCAUUGCUGAAGUUGGUGAAAACUGAAUUGGUGCCAGCACUGAUCCAGGUAAUUGGGAGGAAUAUGAUUCUAUUUGUGGUGAUUGGAAGUCAGGUGGAAAUGCAGAAUAAAGCAGCAGUGUUCGUAGUUUUUUACCUAUGGAGCAUCAUCGAAAUGUUCCGAUACCCAUACUACAUGCUGUCCUGUAUAGACACAGAGUGGAGACUGCUGACAUGGAUCCGAUAUACCAUUUGGAUUCCUCUUUAUCCACUUGGAGUCAUCGCUGAAGCGGUGUGUGUGAUUCAGUCUUUACCGUACUUUGAUGAAACAGGAAGAUUUAGUAUCUUGCUGCCCAACCCAUUCAAUAUCUCAUUCAGCUUCUCCUACUUCCUGCGAGGUUACCUUAUUGCUAUGUUCUUAGGUUUGUUCAUUAAUUUCCGACAUCUCUACAAACAAAGUAACAAGCGUCUCCACCCAAAGAAAAGAAAGCUACGCUAGAAAGGAUACAUAUGUAUUUCUGAGCUGGAGCAUCACCUCGAAUAUUUUAAUUAAAUGUAAACUUGCUGCCUUUAUACACACUGUACUUUACUGGAGGUGAAAAAAGCCAUGGAGAAAUGUCAAUAAACCUUCAGUAAUCUACCGCCCCCUCAUACCAGAUGCAACCUUUGCGAUCACCAUUUGCACCUGAUCAUUUCCGAUCUAUUGCCAGUGUGCAAAACAUUUUGCAAUAACCAAACACAUUCCUUGAUGCUAAGGGCAAUUUUCACUUUGUCUAUUUAUUUCUCUCCUUUAUAAAUGUAGGUUCAAAGAAGUGCAUUCUCUGUGGAGGAAACAUUGGUUUGUAACAAGUUAUAUUGCAUCCUUGGUAAAAGUAUAUUUUUUCCAAUUGCAGCAGAGUAAUUUUAUAAAUUAAAAUUGGUUUUGUAUUGUGAUGCAAUUUUGAUUAGUCUAAGAUGACUGUGCAAAGAAUGAGGUCUUACCCAUUACUGGGCAUUAUUAGAUUGAUGACAUUGCUGUGUCUCAAUCUUUAUGAAUUAGGAAAGUUAAUUUUAAAUUAGCUGAUUUAAUCUCCAUUCUUGCCACCACUCCCUAUGGUGUAUUAUUCAGCAUGACAGUAGGGGACAUGUUUCACAGCCAUGUUGUUUCCUUAUAAUAAGACCAAGGUGGUUCAGGGACGAUUCUGUUCCAUUAUGAAAUUGCAAUACAGACGCAGAUGAUUUCCAUGGUACAGUUACUCUGCUACUGAACUAUUUGUAGUUAUGCUCAUGAAUAUUAACUUUGCAAAGACCAUUUCAUGCAGGGUUCAUUUCAUGCUACUAAAAAAAAUGAGGAUUGGUGAAUUAAUAUUAGUUAGGAGGCUUAAAUUAGUGGGCGGGACAGAUAACCAUUUAAAAACUGCAAGAGAAAAGCUGGGUUGGGUCGAGUCAGUUAGUUGAAAGAUUGGAUCUUUGCUUGUCAUUCACACUGCCACCACUUAAAUCAUCAGCUUUUUUUUUUCUUCCUUGUUAUUUUGUUUGUUAAUCUAGACAAUUGCAAUGCAUUUGGAUCCAUAAUCAAAAAGUUUAGAUCAGAAUGUAGCAUUUUGUGAAAAGUUUGAAAGCAUAUCGGCAUGCAUAGGUUUUACUGGGGAAUGGUUAGAGAUGAAGAACUGCUGUUAUCAUUAGAAAGGACUUACUGCAAUUUGAAUAAAUUGUGAACAUUGAUUAAAACUAGCGAUCAAAGUUUUAUCUAAUGAGGUUUCAUGCACAGAGAUCCAGCUGCAACAUCUUUUGUCUGUCUAGGUGUUGCCUCUUAGCAAGUUAUAGUUCCACUUUUAUAAAUUGUAAAUCUUGCACCACUGAAGGUGAAAACUUUUAGUUCCUUGGUUGAGGUGACUUCUUGGUUUAUAGAUUAUGUUGGCAAUAAUAUUGUAAUGACCAGACAACUUCAACAGGUUCUGAUGUCAAACAUGAUCUGUAGCUUGUAAUGAAUGAAUAGGCCAAACUGUGAAAAUCAUGUGAAGUUUAAGAGUUUUAGCCAAAGUGUCAAGGAUCACAACCUCUAAUUUCACCCAUUUCUCAAAGAUCUUGGAAAAUCAGUAGCCUUGUUCGUCAGUUAAAGUUUUGUCAUAUGAUCAAGUUUUCUGUCUUCACACUAGAAUUAGUUAAACAUGAAAAAGGAAAUGGUGGAGGAAUUGAACAAGAACUCUGCAUCAGUGUUCAUAGUGGAAGACAUGAGUAACAUCCCAGAAAUUCAAGAGUCUGGGAUCAGCUGAGUGUGGUGGCUAACGUCAAAGAGAAGAUGCUAGAAAAACUGAAAAUGAAUAAAUCACCUGGACCAGAUGAUUUGCAUCCCACAGUUUUGCAGGUGAUAGCUGAAGACAUAGUUGAGGUAUUAGUGGUGAUCUUCCAGGAAUCACUAGAGUCAGGGAGGGUGCCGGAGGACUGGAAAAUCACUAGUGUAACACCCCUCUUUAAAAAGGGAGUAAGGGAAAUAACAGGUCGAUUGGCCUGACCUCAAUCAUUGGUAAGGUUUAGGAGUCCAUUGUGAAGGAUGAAUUUCUGAAUAUUUGGAAGUGUACAGUAAAAUAAGACAAAGUCAGCAUGAUUUCAUCAAGGGGUGGUUGUGCCUGACAAAUCUGUUUGAAUUCUUUGAGGAGGUAAUGUGCAGGUUUGACCAUAGAAAAUCAAUUGAUGUUAUCUACCUAGACUUCAAGAAGGCCUUUGACAAGGUGCCACAUAGGAAGCUGCUGAGUAAGAUAACAACCCAUGGUGUUAGAGACAAGGUCCUAGCAUGGAUACAGAAUUGGCUGUCUGCCAGAAACCAGAGAGUGGGGAUAAAAGGGUCCUUCUCAAGAAGGCAGCUGGUUCAUAAGAUAGUAGAAUUAGACAUUUGGCCGAUGGUUUGUUUCACCAUUCGAUCAUGGUUAAUAUGCUCCUCAGCCCCAUUUUCCUGCCAUUUCUCCAUAUCCCUUCAACCCAUUACCCAAUUAAAAAUCUAUGUAAAUCCUCCUUAAAUUUACUCAGUCACCGCAUCUAGCGCGUUUUGGGAUUGCUGGUGACAUUCUGCAAGGGUCAAUGUUGGGACCACAACUUUUCACUUUUAUGUAUUACUGAUCUAGAUGAAGGAACUGAGGGCAUUCUGGCUAAGUUUGCAGAUGAUAGAGAUAGCUGGAGAGAUGGAUAGUAUUGAGGAGGCAGAGAGGCUGCAGAAGGAUUUAGACAGGCCAAGAGAUUAGGCAAAGUGGUGGUAGAUGGAGUACAACAUGAGAAGGUGAAAGGUCAUGCACUUUGGUAGGAAGAAUAGAGGCAUGGGCUACUUUCUAAAUGGGGAGAAAAUUCAGAAAUCUGAAGUGCAAAGGGACUUGGAGUCCUAGUUCAGGAUGCUCUUAACGUAAACUUGCAGGUUAAGUCAGUAAUUAGGAAGGCAAAUACAGUCUUGGCAUUUAUUUCAAGAAGACUAGAAUAUAAAAGCAGGGACGUACUUCUGAGGCUGUAAGGCUCUGGUCAAACCAUGUUUAGAGUAUUGUGUACGAUAUUUGCGCCCCAUACCUCGAAGGAUGUACUAGCCUUGGAACAGGUUCAAGAGAAUGAUCCCAGGAAUGAAAGGUUUAACAUAUGAGGAAUAUUUGAGGUCUCUGGGUCUAUACUCGAUGGAGCUUAGAAGGAUGAGAGGGAAUCUGAUGAAAACGUUCAGAAUAUUGACCAUCCUGGACAGAGUGGAAGUUAGGAAAAUGUUUCCAUUGGCAGGAGAGACUAGGACCCGAGGGCACAGCCUUCGACUAAACGGAAGACCCUUUAGAACGGAGAUAAGGAGAAACUUCUUCAGUCAGAGAGUGGUGAAUCUAUGCAAUUUAUUGUCACAGAAAGCUGUGGAGGCUUGGGUCAUUGAGUAUGUUUAAGACCGAGAUAGAUUCUUGAUUGUCAAGGGGAUCAAAAGUUACUAGGAGAAUGGAGUUGAGAAAUUUAUCAGCCGUGUUGAAUAGUGGAGCAGACUCGAUGGGCCGAAUGACCUAAUUUCUGCACCUAUGUCUUAUGAUAUGCAUUGUGGAAUGUCAUUACUGUGUGCUAUCGGGGGGAAGCAAAACUUUCAGUUACAUUGCAGUAUUUCACUUCUUGGCUGCAAUGAGCUAAUGUGUGCUAAUCCUGGACUUGCAUUUGCAGUGGAUUUUCAGAAAUAAUUCUGAUCAAUAAAAUACACAGACAAUAACAGAUUACCACCGAGUUGAUUUCAAAAUCCUGGGUGAUCGGAGGUUUCAGUAAUGGUGGGUGUCAGACUCCUUAUGGAAACUACACAAGGAGACCGCGUAGUCCAUUCAAUCUGUGCUGGCUCUCUGUCGUGCUAUCUAAUGUGUCUCUUUCCCUUGAGGACUAAUCAGAUUCCUUUUACAAGUCACUGACUGUCAACUUCCACAGUUUUCAUUAGCUGCAAGUAUCAGGUCAUUACUGCUCACUGCAAUUUAAAAUAAAAAUCCUGCUUCACAUCCCAUCUGUAAAUCUUGCCAAAACUUUGCAUCAUAAGUAAAAGGGUAUAGUUUUUUUUGGUAACUUAACUAAAGUUGUCAAUCUUCCAUUGAUCUCCAACCGUAAGGCAACUACCUCAGUUUCUCCAAACUAACCUUUGUAAUUGAAUUCCUUCACUCCCAGAACGAUAGGCAUAUUUCUACUACAUUUUUUUUGACCACCACACAUUGCUGAAAAUUUCCUGACUAAACCCUUACACUUUACUAACCAAUCUCUCAGUACAUCCUGUCAACUUCAAAGAUAUAUGCACACACUUUAGAAACUGGCCAGUAAAUCAGUAUUGCCUUUUUUUUAGAAAACACCGUUUAUCACUACCAAUUCUGUGCAAGCACAUUGUGCUAGCCUACCUUUACCUAAUUACAUUUGAUAGGUGUCAACUUCCUAUUUCCAAUGCCUCCAAAUUUAGAACCAAAGUUUGAAAUGGAAUUCAGUUUUACACUCUUAAGUUAUAUUUAGAGAAACACCCAUAACAAAAACAAACUUAUCCUAGCCCUGACCUUUGGCAAUACCGCUGUUUGUCAUCCUCCUGUCUAAAAAGUGACCAUUUACAACUUACUGUACUGUCUUUAAGACAACUUUUUAUUCAAGCCAACACUGACUCUCCGAUUCCAUAAGCCUCAGUUUUAUUAACUGGCCUUUUAAUAAUAUUCAGUGGUGCAUGAUGAAACUUAAAUGUGUAUUUUGAAUCAGUUAUUGAAUUACCUGAAUUGAACUACUACUGUAUAACAUGAUUUGAAUUGCACUGAUGAAUCA